AUGGCUGGGAAGUUCGAAGGCACAAGGACGAGUGAAAUAAUACCCGUGGAUCUCAAUGCAAUUAUUUGUGGAAAUUUUCUAAUGAUGCGCGAUCUUUACGAUGCAUUAGGCGAUAUUGAUGGCUCAAAAAGCUGUGCUCAAGAGGCUGAUUUGAUGAAACAGACAAUACAUCAGGUUUUAUGGAAUGAGUCAGCAGGAUGUUGGUUCGAUUAUGACACAGCCAAUAAUCAACAUAUUCGCUUGUUCAGUGACACGAAUUUCUUCCCCUCUACACGAAUACCAAUCCAGCAGUGGGAUUUCCCAAAUGCAUUCGCACCAACACAGUGGAUCCUCAUCGAAGGCCUCAGGAUAUCUGGUCAAGAAGAGAUUGCUCUACAAUUGACUGAAAAGUGGGUAAGGAAGAACUUCAACAUGUGGCGAGCCAGUGGUGGUACGAUGUAUGAAAAGUACAACGUGGUGUCGGCUUGUUACAAAAUAGUCGGUGGUGGUGGAGAGUAUGAAAUGCAAGAAGGAUUUGGUUGGAGUAAUGGAGUAAUGCUCGACUUACUCAAAACAUAUGGCGAAGAACUACACUGGACCCCGGCAGAUGAGUGCAGAUAUAGCUGUAUAUGCCUCUGGUAA